AUGGAACAAUUGAUUAAGAAUUUUGAGUUCAGUAGAAUUCUCACCACAAACCCUCAAACUAAAAGCAUUGUGCUCUUAGGUAAAAUAGAUGGGGAAAGUGCCAUUGUUAGUAUAGAAAAGUCUCAUUUCAUAGUGGAGGAUGAAGAGAAUUUGGACCUUAAUCAAUUUGUGGACAGCGUUAGGUUAAUCAACGAAAACGAUAUCUAUCGCUGGUCAUCAAUUAAUUUGGUUCAAGAUCUUGCCAAUAGUCCAGGAGCAAAGUUGAACAUCAUCUACCCAUGUACAGAGACCCACAUUAGAAAGUAUUCCAGUCAGGAGCAACACUAUGUCUUAGAAACCCCAAGUAUGUACGAAAAGUAUACAAAACCUUACAUUGAGUCCAUGAAAGGUGAUAGAAUCAAAUGGGUCUACAAUAUCUUGUAUGAAGGUAAAGAGUCGGAAACAUUUGUCUAUCACGAUAAAGACCCUGUUAAUGGCUUUGUCUUGCUUCCAGACAUGAAGUGGGAUAAAUUAAAUAUGGAUGCAUUAUACUUAUGUUGCAUUGUAAAUAGAAAAGAUAUUAGUAGUAUAAGAGAUAUCAGAGGAGUCCAUGUCAACUUCUUGGAGAGCAUCCAACAACGUAUUAAGGAAGUAGUUUCCAAGGAGUUUCCUGCCAUUUCUUCUCCAGACAAAUUGAGGAUCUUCAUUCAUUACCAGCCUUCAUAUUAUCAUUUCCAUAUACAUGUGGUUAAUGUGAAACAUCCUGGGUUAGGAGAUGGGAUUGCUAUUGGUAAGGCUGUUUUAUUGGAUGAUGUAAUUGAAAAUGUAAAGCUUAUGGAUGACUAUUAUGAGAAGAGAUCCUUGGGUUACUUAAUUGGUGAAAACCAUGGGCUCUGGAACUUUCCUGGGUUUAAAGAAGAACAUUAUAAAAGGGAAGGAAAGAGAGAAGCAGAUAUUGAAAUCGGCAAUGAAUUGAAAAAGACGGAUAUAUAG